AUGGAGACGCAGCGUCUCCUGUUCCUGACCAACGCCGAGCUCGGCCAGGCCAACGUGCAUCUCGCCGUCAUCGAAUGGCUUCUCGCCAACCGCCCCGACCUCGAGAUCCAUCUCUGCUCCUUCCAGUCCCUGCGGUCCGCCGUGACCGCCAUCAACGGCCAUGACACCACCGCGACGCCGCGCAUCACCUUCCACGAGCUCUCCGGGCCGUCCUGGAAGGAGUGCCUCUUCGGCCGGCCCGAGCACAAGUGGGAGGAGACCUGCGCUCUCCCGCCGACCGUCUGGAGCGUGUCCCGCCAGGCGGCGCUCAUGCCGCGCGUGGCGAUGCCCUGGAACGCCGAGGAGCUGGUCGACCUGACGCUGCAGGUGCGGAGCGUGGUGCAAAAGGUCGAGGCCGACCUGGUCGUCGUGGACAACCUCUUCACCCCGGGCGUCACCGUCUGCUACAACGCCGAGACCAAGUGGUGCGUGCUGUCGCCCAACACGUACCGCGAGUUCAUCCUGGGGGAGCAGCCGCGGUACGAGGCGUUUUGGAAGCACCCGCCGACCUCCUCGUUCAUCCCAUUCCCCGUCCCCUGGUACCUCAUCCCCUCCGCGCUCUACCACCAGCGCGCGUGGCGCAAGAACCGCCAGAGCACCUGGAUCCACGACAACGCCGUGCACCUGUGGGAGCACACCGCCGACAACAUCUACUACUCCGACUGGGGCCGCCUGACCUUUGACCGCCCGGCCGGCCUCAAGAUCUUCCUGCCCAGCGACGCCCUCGUCGACUUUCCCUUCUCCGUCGUGCCGGACCACGUCGUCUCCUGCGGGCCGAUCCUGCGCCCGGCCGUCGCGAAGCUGGAAGAGGCGGAUCCGAAGCUGGCCGCCUGGCUGCGUCGCUGGGACACCGUGUACGUCAACCUCGGGACGCACGUCGCGUAUGAUGGCGAUACGAAUGCCAACUUGGCGGCGGCGAUCAAGGAGCUGCUGAGCGCAGCGGCGGCGAAGGGUAGGGAUGUGCAGGUGCUGUGGAAGGUGAACAAGGGCGGCAAGGGCAGCAGCGCGGACCACGAGGAUCUGUACAGGCAAGUCGGCGAGAGCAGCGACGAUGGCAGGGUGUUGAUCGUCGACUGGCUGCUCGCGGAGCCCGUCUCGGUGCUCAACUCGGGAUCCGUCGUGUGCUCCGUCAACCACGGCGGCGCUAACUCUUAUUUCGAAGCUGUCAGCGCUGGAGUCCCCCAGAUCGUCCUGCCCGUGUGGUUCGACACGUACGAUUUUGCGCGGCGCGUGGAAUACCUGGGCGUCGGCAGGAUUGGCAACCGAAGCAACGCACCCAAGUGCUGCAAGGAUGAGCUGGGGCCAAUUCUCAAGCAGGUGGUGCUCGACGACGCGGGCUGCGAGAUACAAGCAAAGGCGAGGAAAUUGGCAGAGGCGUGCAAAGCGAGCGGCUCGGGCUGCGAGAAGGCCGCAAGGGGCAUUGUGAAUUUGUUAAAAUAA